UUCUCCCCCUCACUCCAGGUUCUUCUAACUGUGGGUGUCACCCACACAGCGUUGAAAUAAGGAACAAGACAGCAUUGUCCUCGGCUAGUGGGCGCCUGGUUCAUGUGGCAGCUCAAACCCAGGAAUUGUGGGGUCUGAUCCAGAUGGUUAGACGAGGCUCCGCGUUCAUGGGAAUGGUGGUCCGCAAGGUCUUCUCGAGGCCCCUUUACACACUCCCCAACUUAGAUCACAAUUUAUGUAUCUCUCCGGUUAAAGCUUCACAUUAGAACAGGAAGGAGCCCAAAGUAUCUUUUUUCUUGGGUGUCUGAACCGGCCAACCACGACGUUUUCAGGCCGACCUAGGAGGGAGAGGGAGUACAACAGACAGCUAAGCCCUUAAGGAAGGCUCUAAACAAGUCCGGCGCUCGCUGUUCGGGAGUGGGAUACAAAAGGAAUAUGCACGCCGGUGGAACAUAGACUGCAGAUUUUGAGCCAGCGGCGUUUCUGCCGAAAUCCUGGCAAAUUCCGGUAGAAGUGAGCGGAAGGAGGCAGGGGAGGAGACCAAAGAACCAGAAAACAACCAGCAAACCAUCUGCGGAGAGAUGAGCGGAGACGCUCCGCAGCCUUCUAGAGACUAGUCACCUGACACCCAAACCCCGGCCCGCGCGCCUCCACCCUGCGGCGGCGGGGCAACCUGACGUCACUUCCGUCCAGACCGGAACCCGAGAUGGCGGCGUUCUUGCUGAGACACGUUAGUCGUCAUUGCCUCCGAAACCACUUUAGCCCUCAGCUCUGUGUCAGAAAUGCUGCUCCUUUGGGAACCACAGCCAAAGAAGAGAUGGAGCGGUUCUGGAAUAAGAACACAGGGUCCAACCGUCCCUUAUCUCCCCACAUCACUAUCUACAGUUGGUCUCUUCCCAUGGCGAUGUCCAUCUGCCACCGUGGCACUGGUAUUGCUUUGAGUGCAGAUGUGGGACCUAGGAAAAGGCCUGAAGAUUCCCCAGCUAUACCAGUCUGGAGUGGUUGUUCUGGUUCUUACUGUGUUGUCCUCUCUAGGGCUGGCAGCCAUGUGAAGAAUGGAGGUUCCCAGCAUCAUCUUCCUACACAUUAUUACAUUCACCCAUCUUUCUGUUUGUCACUCUUAUCUCCAGCCUGGGAAAAGUUAUCCUUACUCGUUAGAUCCUUUUGUGCUUUCAGAUCCCCUUGGAGCAGUAGAGUACCUUGUAGACCAUAAUAGUGGAAAAGGGUCUAAUUUCCCCCUUGUUUCUAAAGAUGAGGUGGCUGCAAAAACUCCCCUUUUAUGCCCACAGUUUGCCUACUCUGGGCCUAGAAGCAGUUAUUCCCUCUCCAUAUUGGGCUUUGAUUUAUGCUGAGGGUCAGCUUUUGGCUCCUUUUUCCUGAGACAGUGGAAACAAUGCCAGCUCUGUGGCUUCUGCCCUGGGAACUGGGGGUGAGGCUUUGGGUGCCACUGCCUGUGGGUUGCUGGCUUAAAGGACAAUUCUGUUCAUUGGUGAGAGCCCAGGCCAUUAACACCUACGCAGUGUUAUUGAAAGAAGAGAGGUGGGGGUGGAGGGGAAUUAGUCUAUCCCAGCUAGAGAGAGAGAAAGAGGGCUAGUUAGUUCUUAGAGCAGCCGCUUUGAGGAGAAAAUAUAUAGCUUUUGACACAAGAGGAAAAUCCAGAAAAUUAUCAUUGAACAUAUUAAAGGUUAUUUCUUUUUCUUGCAUUUCCAGAAAAGCCUCCUAAUUUUAUGCUUUCUUAUCCAAGUCAUAUACCAUUUUUUUUGAAAUUGAAUUAAAAUACUCAUUUUAUCUUUGA